CUGGAAACAGAGGGCGGGGCCUGAGAGGGCGCCUGGGCGGAGGCGCGCACUGGGGCGCUGGGAGCGAUCCUGGCGAGAGGCGCAUGCAGGGCCUCAGCGCAGCGCUUCUCCUGAGCGCGGGGCAGCUGGUGCCUGCAGCCGCCUGGUACCGCCAGGAGGGCGGCUCGGAGUGCAGCUGGCACCGGAGGCCGCAGCCGCCCGAGCUCCGCUCCAAUUACCCUCCCCGGUGGCCCUGGGCAUGCAACUCCGAGUUUGACGCUCCCGGGAGGCAGCCAUGGCCUGGGCCCGCCUCCGCCAGGCCCGACGGGGUGCGCUGCUGUGGCAGCCGUGGGGAUUGCAACUCAUUGUCUACGCGCCACCUAAGCAGCGCCCACGAGUUCGUGCUGGGUGCUCAGGACACUGCGAACCCCUACCCCGUCUGCUCCCUGCUCCCCCCGACCCUGGCUGAGCCCCUGCCUGAUGCCCCGCCACCGCCUGAUGAUUCCCUUGUCCUCUGGCGAGGAUUCUCCAAGGGACCUCACCACAUGGGCCGACUCAGAAACGCCAAAAUCCACGUAGAGAGAGCCGUCAAGCAGAAGAAGAUCUUUAUGAUUCAUGGCCGAUACCCAGUGAUCCGGUGUCUAUUACGCCAGAGGGGCUGGGUAGAAAAGAAGAUGGUCCAACCACAAGGCACCAUCCUGCCGGCGCCCCAGAAGGAUCUAGACAGUUCAGUGAUGGGUGAUAGUGAUACCACGGAAGAUGAGGAUGAAGAAGAGAAUGAGGAGUUUCGGGAGCCACAGCUGUUGGACUUCGAUGGUUUUUUGGAAUUUGACGACCUGGAUGGGGUACAUGCUUUGAUGUCCCGCAUGGUUCGGAAUGAGACCCCCUACCUCAUCUGGACCACUCGUCGAGAUGUGCUGGAUUGUCGCUUCCUCUCCAAGGAUCAGAUGAUAAACCAUUAUGCCCGUGCAGGCUCCUUCACUACAAAGGUGGGCCUGUGUCUCAACCUCCGGAAUCUUCCAUGGUUUGAUGAGGCUGAUGCUGACUCCUUCUUCCCACGAUGCUAUCGCCUUGGAGCAGAGGAUGACAAGAAAGCCUUCAUAGAGGACUUCUGGCUGACAGCUGCCCGCAACGUUCUCAAGCUGGUGGUGAGGUCGGAAGGGAAGCCACACUCCAUUUCCAUCAAGUCAAGAGAGAAAGAGGUCCUCGAAAGCAUACUGCCCAAGAAACAGGAAAAAAAGACUGUGACUGUGUCCCCAGAGUUUGUGGAUGAGGCUCUAAGUGUAUGCGAGGAGCAUCUUAGCAGCAUGGCCCACAAGGACAUAGACAAGGACCCAGAUGCCCCAUUGUACUUCAGCCCUGAGGGUUGGUCCACCUUCCUACAGCGCUACUACCAAAUAGUCCAUGAAGGAGCAGAACUGAAACACCUAGAGGCCCAGGUCCAGCGCUGUGAAGACAUCCUACAGCAGCUUCAGGCAGUGGUACCCCAGAUCGACAUGGAGGGGGAUCGAAACAUCUGGAUUGUGAAGCCAGGAGCCAAGUCCCGUGGCCGAGGUAUUGUGUGCAUGGACCACCUGGAAGAGAUGCUGAAGCUGGUGGACUGCAACCCCAUGCUGAUGAAGGAUGGCAAGUGGAUCGUGCAGAAGUACAUUGAGCGGCCCCUGCUCAUCUUCGGCACCAAGUUUGACCUGAGACAGUGGUUCCUGGUGACUGACUGGAACCCACUCACUGUGUGGUUCUACCGAGACAGCUACAUCCGCUUCUCCACACAGCCCUUCUCCCUGAAGAACCUGGACAACUCGGUGCACCUAUGUAACAAUUCCAUCCAGAGACACCUGGAGGCCUCUUGUCACCGGCACCCGAUGCUGCCCCCAGACAACAUGUGGUCCAGCCAGAGGUUUCAGGCCCACCUGCAGGAGGUGGGCGCCCCAAAUGCCUGGUCUAGUGUCAUUGUACCCGGCAUGAAGGCUGCUGUGAUCCACGCCCUGCAGACCUCCCAAGACACUGUGCAGUGCCGGAAGGCCAGUUUUGAGCUCUAUGGGGCCGACUUUGUGUUUGGGGAAGACUUCCGGCCCUGGUUGAUUGAGAUCAAUGCCAGCCCCACCAUGGCACCUUCCACAGCUGUCACUGCCCGCCUGUGUGCCGGUGUGCAAGCAGAUACGCUGCGUGUGGUCAUUGACCGGCGACUGGACCGUACCUGUGACACGGGAGCCUUUGAGCUCAUCUAUAAGCAGCCUGCUGUGGAGGUGCCCCAGUAUGUGGGGAUCCGGCUCCUGGUGGAGGGCUCUACCAUCAAGAAGCCCAUGGCAGCGGGUCAUCGGCGGACAGGGGUCCGCUCAUCACUCCCUCAUCUGCUGGCCCAGCAAGGCUCUGGGGAAGGCAAGGACUCGGGGUCCCCUACCCACAGGUCAGCUUCUAGGAAAGAUGCUGGGGCCAGGAGCCUGGGACACACUGAGAAGCCAGACUCUACGGCCACCACCUCAGUCCCCGGAAAGGGGAAGAAAGCCCCUGCCCACUUCCCUAGUCUCCAUUCCAAGGCCUGGCUGCCUUCUUCCCGUGUGCUCCGACCCCAGGGCCGGGUCCUCAGACUACAGCAUGGCCAACUGGUGGGCUCUAAGGCUCUGUCAGCCACAGGCAAGGCCUUGAUGACUCUACCUACUGCCAAGGUUCUGAUGACCUUCCCACCUCACCCUGAUCUCAAGCUGGCACCCAGCAUGCUGAAGCCAGGAAAGGUGGGCCUCGAGCUGUGCCUCACACCCUGGCGGGCAGUGCUGAGCAGUGGGAUCGGGGCUGAAGGGCACAGACUGAGGGCAGCACCCAGACCAUGCAGCGCCCCAGGGAAGGGCUUGUCUUCCCCAGAACCCUGUUCUAAGACAGAGGCCUGAUCAUAUCUCUCUCCCUCCCCUCCUUACACCGAGGCUGCUAUUUCCCUGCACCUUCGAGGCCCCCCCUUUGGAAGUGCCUCGUGGCCUCUGCCCUUUGAAGUUGGACCUCUUCCUAGCACCCACAGGAAAGUCAAGGCCAAAGGCAAGUUCAAGGCCAGACUCUGCGACAAAACCAGG